UCCCUGGCAUAUGUUAAGCAACGGGUCUGUUCACGUGGUAUAUAAGGAGGAGCAUGCCCCCCCCUGAGCUUCCACUGAAGAAAGUCACAAUGAAGUUGGUGAUCUUGGCUUUGUUUGUCGCUGGUGCCUACGGGUGCGGCCUUCCCACCUUCCCCCCCACCAUCACCAGAGUGGUCGGAGGAGAUGACGUCCGUGAGAACAGCUGGCCCUGGCAGGUGUCUCUGCAGUACAAGAGUGGAAGCAGCUACUACCACACGUGCGGUGGCACCCUGAUCUCCAACCAGUGGGUCCUCACUGCUGCUCACUGCAUCGGCAAUCGCGACUACAGAGUGUACCUGGGAAAACACAACCUGAACACCAACAACGAGGCCGGUUCCCUCGCCAUCAGCCCCGCCAAGAUCGUUGUCCACGAGAACUGGGACUCCUUCAGAAUCCGCAACGACAUCGCCCUCAUCAAGCUGUCGACUCCCGUCAACUUCUCCAACUCCAUCAUGGCUGCCUGUCUUCCCAACUCUGGUGACAUCCUGGCCAACAGAGCUCCCUGCUACGUCACCGGCUGGGGUCGCCUCUGGACUGGAGGUCCCAUCGCCGACAUCCUGCAGCAGGCCCUCCUCCCUGUGGUCGACCACGCCACCUGCACCAGGUCUGACUGGUGGGGCAGCCUGGUCACCAGCAGCAUGGUCUGUGCUGGAGGAGACGGACAGCUGGCCAGCUGCAACGGAGACUCCGGCGGCCCCCUGAACUGUCCGAGCCCUGAUGGUUCCUGGGAGGUCCACGGCGUGGUGAGCUUUGGCUCCAGCAUGGGCUGCAACUACGCUAAGAAGCCCUCUGUCUUCACCCGCGUCAGCGCCUACAUCCCCUGGAUCAACAACGUGAUGGCCAAUAACUAAGAUGUUGUUGUGUUGUUGGUUGUUGCACUUGUUGCACACUAAAUAAAGAAUGUUCACUCUUUAUCUAACAUCAA